AUGCUCAGGCAUGGCGUCCGACGCUGCGCCGGACCACAUCUACCUAGAAGGGGAUAUGCAUCGGUGACGGAUCUGGAGGCGUACCCUAAGUCUGGAGAAAGCAUCCACGGCUUCACACUGAAACAGAUCAAACAUGUUCCGGAGCUACACUUGACAGCGUUGCGGUUGGAGCAUGACAAGACUGGGGCAGAGUAUCUGCAUGUGGCGCGAGACGACAAGAACAAUGUCUUUGCCAUCAAUUUCAAGACGAAUCCUACCGAUCGCACAGGCUUGCCACACAUUCUUGAGCAUGUCACGCUAUGUGGGAGCCAGAAAUACCCUGUCCGGGAUCCGUUCUUCAAGAUGAUGCCCCGAUCUCUGGCAAACUUUAUGAACGCAUUUACGUCCUCCGACUAUACUUCAUACCCCUUCGCGACGACGAACCUCCAGGAUUUCCGCAACCUUUCCUCAGUCUACCUCGAUGCGACCCUGCACCCGCUCCUGAAGCGCUCGGAUUUCUUGCAGGAAGGAUGGCGGCUUGGUCCUGAGGAUCCUCGAGAGCCGGCGACAGAAGAUAAUGUGAAGUUCAAAGGGGUUGUUUACAACGAAAUGAAGGGUCAGAUGUCGGAUGCGAGCUACCUCUUCUAUAUCAGAUUCAGAGAACAUCUCUUUCCCUCGCUUCAUAAUUCAGGUGGGGAUCCCGAAGUCAUGACCCAACUCACCCAUGAACAACUGGUCGAUUUCUCCCGGACGCACUAUCAUCCCAGCAAUGCCAAGAUAUUCUCCUACGGCAGCCUCAGUCUGCCCGAGCACCUUCAGCAUGUCGAUGAAGCCAUAUCCCAAUUCGAGAAGGCAGCCCCGGACUCUGAUAUCAAGACGCCCAUCAGCUUUUCCGAUGGGCCACUGUCUUUCGAGGUUUCGGGCCCUGUCGAUACAAUGCAGCCUCCUGAUCGGCAACUCAAGUCUUCAAUCACCUGGAUGGGCUGUUCUUCAGCAGACAUUGUAGAGACGUUCUCUGUCAGCAUAAUGUUGUCCUUGCUCAUGAAUGGCUACGGCUCGCCUCUAUACCAAGGGUUGAUUGAGUCAGGGUUGGGGACAACUUUCAGUCCAAAUUCUGGCUAUGAUAGCUCUGCAGCAGUGGGAGUCUUCUCAGUCGGCCUGGAUGGCAUGCAGGCUGAAGAUGUUGCUGGCCUGAAAGAGACUAUCCAGACGAUAUUGCGAGAGAAGGCUCACGAAGCUUUUCAACAACACAAAAUCGACGGCUACAUGCAUCAACUAGAACUUACCCUGAAGCACAAGACUGCCAAUUUCGGCAUGGGUCUCCUGGAAAAGAGUCUCGCAGGGUGGUUCAAUGGCGUCAAUCCCAUGGACAGUCUGGCAUGGAAUCAGAUCAUCGACACCUUCAAGCAACGAAUGACCGAGGAGAAGUAUCUUGAACGACUGGUCGAGAAGUACCUAUUGAACGACAACUGCAUGCAGUUUACCAUGAAACCAGACGACACGUAUGGCGCCGCUCUCGAAAGCCGGGAAGAAGAGCGAAGAAAGAACAUUCUUGCGGACAUCAAGAGGUCCGCCAGCUCGCCGGAAGCGUCUCUUUCCGAACUUGGCCAGCAAGAACUUGAGCUUCUUGAAGAGCAAGAAUCAGCUCAACAUAAGAACUUGGAUACCCUUCCAACCCUCCGAGUCAGUGACAUCGUCCGGGAGAAAGAGAGGAAGCCGAGGUACCACUCUAAAAUCGGCGAUGUGGACGUCUUGUGGCGAGAGACAGAGACGAACGGCAUUACAUACUUCCAAGCCAAACAUUUGCUUACGGACUUGCCGGAGGAGCUGAGACUUUUGAUGCCUUUGUUCACUGACUCGCUCAUGCGACUGGGCACUAAAACAAAGUCAGUGGGAGACCUCGAGGCUGAGAUACUGCUGAGGACAGGUGGUAUAUCUGUCUCAUCAUUUGUUGCGCCGGAGCCUUGGAGCUUGGAUAAUUAUCACGAAGGCGUCCUUCUUGAUGGCUAUGCCCUAGACAGGAAUGUCCCUGCUAUGUUCGACCUUAUGUGGACCCUCCUCACAGAGAUUGAUUUCUCCAGCCCCAAGGCUGUCGCUGCAAUCCGUGAGCUGCUGGAAGCCAGAGCCUCGGGCGCUCUUGAUACUGUUGCAGAGAGUGGGCAUCACUUUGCUAUCACAAGUGCUUCGGCCGCCUUGACACAAAGAGGAAGACUACAAGAUCAGCUCUCCGGUCUAUCUCAGAUUGAGUCCACAGCGAAGAUACUGGAUGCAGCUCGGCGUGACCCUCAGAGCCUUGAGCAGGUCAUCCAGAAGCUCAAGACUAUCCAGUCAAUAGCAGUCGCCAAUUCUUCGAAACUGUCGAUGCGCAUCGUCUGCGAGCCCAGUUCGGUCAAGACGAACCAGGGCCUCAUUGAGGGCUUUCUAGCGCAAUUGCCGCAGAACAAUUCCUCGGCCGCAAACUCUACAUCUUCCAAUGCGGUCGCAGGUUCUUCACUUUCGAGGCGAGCAUUCUUCAGCCUGCCUUUCCAGGUCUCUUACACCGGAACCUGUUUGCAAACCGCACCAUACAGCUCACCGGACAAAGCACCGCUCACCGUGCUUGGUCAGCUCCUGGUUCACAAUUUCAUGCAUCCCGAAAUCAGAGAGAAGGGUGGUGCUUAUGGUGCGUCAGCUAGCGCUAGUCCCAUUAGUGGCCUGUUCACCAUGUCUUCAUACCGAGAUCCCAACCCUCGGAACUCCCUGAGUGUCUUCAAUCGAGCCGGGCUAUAUGCUCGGGACAAGGACUGGAGCGCUCGAGAACUAGAAGAAAGCAAGCUCAGCAUCUUCCAGGGCAUUGAUGCUCCUCGGAGCGUCAGCAGUGAAGCGAGCAAAGAGUUCAUGUAUGGCAUCACCGAAGAGAUGGACCAGCAAAUGAGGGAGCGCUUACUCGGAGUGACGAAAGACGAUGUCCAGAGAGUUGCCCAGCAGUACCUCGUCGACCUUCCAUCUGAUCAGAAAUCUGUGUGCGUGCUUGGAGAAAAGAAGGACUGGGUCGAGCAGGACCAGGAGCAGUGGCAAGUGAAGAGUCUCAACAUGUCAGCAGAGAGCUAG